CCAUGCGGGAUCAACAGAUGGAAAGGCGGUUGCAGAAGAACUGGUGGAAGAACGCCUAACUCGGCUACUGGGCCGAUCUCUGAUCGACUUUCUCCGUCUUAUCUACACAUUCAGUGGUUGUGAAUCGUCAACACCGGACACAGACCAGGGCGAUGGAGAGGGCAUGGAUGAUAUCGAUAUGCAAACCGAGGCCAAAUCCACUACCUCUGUAAACCAAGGUUCUGACACACGUAUAAGCGGAACUUUGGCACAGCUGUUAGUUGCCGCUUCCCGCACAAACUCACUUCACAAUGGAGAUGGUGCUACCGAAUGUAUGGAUCCAUUGUUUCUACAUUGUCUAGCAAAGUGCCUGGCCUGGCCCGAUAGCCUUACUUGUCUCAAGGCCUCUCAGUGGAUUCCACCCUUGAUUGAUUUAUUGACACAGCCGCAAGCGAACGGUGUGACCUCUGGUUUACACAGGAAGUCCACAUUGUCUGCCCCUCUGGCCGAAGCAGUCCUGUUUGGUGUCCUUUGUGGCCUUCAUGUGAAUGGGAAAAACACAGAAACAAAUUUAUCGGCUUUGUUGUCUGCUGGGCUCAAAGUCUACUCGGCUGUUGAUGUAUCUGUGGCAGCCGACCGCCUGCGAACUCUGGUAACCAAAGUGCUCAUUAACGCAUCGGAUGCCGGUCCUGAACAAUCAGAUAAAGUACUUCAGUCCAUCCAGACUUUCGAAACCAAACUAUUCGAUACCAGCAAACCCCUUACAGAAAGGGCGAAGCGAGAGAUCUUCAAGAAGCUCAUGCAGCCUAUUAUAGGGAUUCCUCUCAGCCAACAGUUUUGUGAUAACGUCACCAUUACUUGUCUGGCUCCCUUGGUCCGUUCCAAAUGGCGACAGCCGGCCCGAAACGGUGGUGAUGCAUUCCCGGACAACUUUGGUCUCUCCGAAUUAUUUUCGAAUUAAUGUCAUUUUCUAACGUUUUUCCGUCCUGUCCAAGAUUUGUCCUUCCCAGGACCACGAACAGCGACAAUUUCCUUUUCUAUCCCAUCAAUGGGGUCAUCCGGUUACCACCCGUGAUUGUAUAGCAUGUUCCGCUUCUUAACUGAUCAACAAGGACACAAUCAC